AAUCUAAUGUCUCGUAUCCAUUGACAACGAAAAGCUAGCAUUUCCUUACGAAAGAUCGGCGAAAACAACAUGACCGAAAUGGAAGAAGAAAUUCAGAUGGAAAAACCACAUAUCUAUGUGGAAAGAACUUUAGCUAUAAUUAAACCAGACGCUACAGAAAAAGAAGAAGAAAUUAAAGAUAUAGUUCUGCGGUCUGGUUUUACAAUUCUCCAACGACGAAAGGUUCAUCUUACUCCAGAGCAGGCCAGCGAAUUUUAUGCAGAACACUAUGGAAAGCUUUUCUUCCCCUCAUUAAUUGCCUAUAUGAGCUCCGGUCCAAUAGUAGCUGUGGCACUAUCAAAAGAUAAAGCCAUUUCUCACUGGAGGCAAUUACUCGGUCCAACUAGUACAUUCAAAGCAAGAGACACAAACCCUGAUAGCUUAAGAGCAAUAUACGGGACGGACGAUCAAAGAAACGCUUUACACGGAAGUGACUCUUACUCAAAUGCAGAAAGGGAAAUUCGCUUCUUUUUCCCAGACAGCGUCGUAGAACCAGUUCCUGUUGGCCAAGCCGCAAGGGAUUAUUUGAAAAGGCAAGUGAACCCAACUCUGUUGAAGGGAUUGACGGAAUUGUGUAAGAACAAACCUCAGGAUCCAGUAAUCUGGUUAGCUGAUUGGUUGCUGGAAAACAAUCCUAAUAAACCGUCUAUUAAAGAUCCAAUCAUACAAGAGCCAAUAGCAUAA